CUGCUACAGGUCAGGUACAGUACUACACGACACUCAUCCUACUACAGGUCAGUCAGUCACAGUACCACAUGACACUCAUCCUAUCUCAGGUCAGUCACAGUACCACACGACACUCAUCCUACUACAGGUCAUUCACAGUCCAACACGACACUCGUCCUACUUCAGGUCAUUCACAGUUUCACACGACACUCAUCCUACUACAGGUCAGUCAAUCACAAUACCACACGACACUCAUCCUACUACAGGUCAGUCACAGUACCACAUGACACUCAUUCUUCUACAGGUCAGUCAGUCACAGUACCACACAACACUCAUCCUUCUACUGGUCAGUCACCGUACCACAUGACACUCAUCCUACUACAGGUCAGUCACAGUACCACACGACACUCAUCCUACUACAGGUCAGUCACAGUACCACACGACACUCAUCCUACUACAGGUCAGUCACAGUACCACACGACACUCAUACUACUACAGGUCAGUCAAUCACAGUACCACACGACACUCAUCCUACUACAGGUCAGUAACAGUACUACACGGCAAUCAUCCUACUACAGGCUGUUACAGUACUACACGACACUCAUCCUACUACAGGUCAGUCAGUCACAGUGCCACACAACACUCAUUCUAUUACGGGUCAGUCACAGUACCACACGACACUCAUCCUACUACAGGUCAGUCACAGUAUCCAAAGAAACUGAUCCUACUACAGGUCAGUCACAGUCCCACACGACACUCAUUCUAUUACGGGUCAGUCACAGUACCACACGACACUCAUCCUACUACAGGUCAGUCACAGUAUCCAACGAAACUGAUCCUACUACAGGUCAGUCACAGUACUACACGACACUCAUACUACUACAGGUCAGUCACAGUACCACAUGACACUUAUUCUUCUACAAGUCAGUCAGUCACAGUACCACACAACACUCAUCCUUCAACUGGUCAGUCAGUCACAGUACCACAUUUUUUUUUUUUCACCUUUAUUUAACCAGGUAGGCAAGUUGAGAACAAGUUCUCAUUUACAAUUGCGACCUGGCCAGGAUAAAGCAUAGCAGUUUGACACAUACAACGACACAGAGUUACACACGGAGUAAAACAAACAUACAGUCAAUAAUACAGUAUAAACAAGUCUAUAUACGAUGUGAGCAAAUGAGGUGAGAUAAGGGAGGUAAAGGCAAAAAAAGGCCAUGGUGGCAAAGUAAAUACAAUAUAGCAAGUAAAACACUGGAAUGGUAGAUUUGCAGUGGAAGAAUGUGCAAAGUAUAAAUAAAAAUAAUAGUGCAAAGGAGCAAAAUUAAUUAAUUAAAUACAGUAGGGAAAGAGGUAGUUGUUUGGGCUAAUAUAUAGGUGGGCUAUGUACAGGUGCAGUAAUCUGUGAGCUGCUCUGACAGUUGGUGCUUAAAGCUAGUGCGGGAGAUAAGUGUUUCCAGUUUCAGAGAUUUUUGUAGUUCGUUCCAGUCAUUGGCAGCAGAGAACUGGAAGGAGAGGCGGCCAAAGAAAGAAUUGGUUUUGGGGGUGACUAGAGAGAUAUACAUGCUGGAGCGUGUGCUACAGGUGGGAGAUGCUAUGGUGACCAGCGAGCUGGGCAAAGGGGGGACUUUACCUAGCAGGGUCUUGUAGAUGACAUGGAGCCAGUGGGUUUGGCGACGAGUAUGAAGCGAGGGCCAGCCAACGAGAGCGUACAGGUCGCAAUGGUGGGUAGUAUAUGGGGCUUUGGUGACAAAACGGAUUGCACUGUGAUAGACUGCAUCCAAUUUGUUGAGUAGGGUAUUGGAGGCUAUUUUGUAAAUGACAGCGCCAAAGUCGAGGAUUGGUAGGAUGGUCAGUUUUACAAGGGUAUGUUUGGCAGCAUGAGUGAAGGAUGCUUUGUUGUGAAAUAGGAAGCCAAUUCUAGAUUUAACUUUGGAUUGGAGAUAUUUGAUAUGGGUCUGGAAGGAGAGUUUACAGUCUAACCAGACACCUAAGUAUUUGUAGUUGUCCACGUAUUCUAAAUCAGAGCCGUCCAGAGUAGUGAUGUUGGACAGGCGGGCAGGUGCGGGUAGCGAUCGGUUGAAGAGCAUGCAUUUAGUUUUACUUGUAUUUAAGAGCAAUUGGAGGCCACGGAAGGAGAGUUGUAUGGCAUUGAAGCUUGCCUGGAGGGUUGUUAACGUGUUCACGCUACACGUUCCCCAAGGACACCCACCCCCUCAACUCAAAAAGUGGCGCACAGAAUGCAAAAAUAUUCUUAGAAAUAUUUAACCUCCACACAUUAACAAGUCCAAUAGCUCAAAUGAAAGAUAAACACCUUGUUCAUCUACCCAGCAAGUCAGAUUUCUAAAAUGUUUUACCGCGAAAACAUAGCACAUAUGUAUGUCAAACCACCACAAAGACACAGACGAUAUGUAGCCAUUUUGUCAAACAAAAGAUGCAAUCACAAACAAUGGAUUAAAAGAAAAAUAAUUCACUAACCUUUUGAAAAUCUUCAUCAGAUGACAGUAAUAGGACAUGUUACACAGUACAUUUAUGUUUUCUUUCAAUAAUAUGCAAUUUAUAUCCAUAAAUCUCUGUUUACAUUGACGCCAUGUUCAGACAAUUCUAAAAAAUGUCCGGAGAAAUUAUAGAUAGCUCCGCCAGAUAACGCCAGAUAACAGCAAUACACAUCAUAAACUUUGACUAAAUAUACAUGUUCCACAUAUAGUUAGAAAGAUACACUGCUUCUUAAUGCAAUUGCUUUGUCACAUUUCUUUUUAACGUUACAGAAAUCGUUUACUAUUCAAUAAUCUGAGACGGCGCUCAGACAUAAGCAAUAUUACUCCGCUAUGUUGGAGUCAACAGAAACACAAAAUUACAACAUAAAUAUUCCCUUAACUUUGAUGGUCUUCGAUCAGAAUGUAGUGGAAGGAGUCAUACUUACCCAAAACAUCGUUUGGUUUCAAGUCGUGUGUCUUUGUAUUAGCAUAUGCGACAAGUUCCAGCUGAAAUGCAUCCAAAAUGACUUCUGGUCCCGAACAGUUGCGCAUCAAAACUUCAAAAUUACAUAUUAUAUGUCGACUAAACUGGUCAAACUAAGUGCAGAAUCAAGCUUUAGGAUGUUAUUAACGUACAAAACAAUUGGCGAUUCAACCGGACAAGAGCAAUUCCUCUCAGACAAUCUGGAACGGAGGAAUGACUGUUUACAAUUCGCGCCAGAACGCGCAUCUAUUUUCUCGCGACACCCAGUAUUUUGCCUGCCAAAGGGUCAAAGCUCACGGGAUUUGCACAAUUAAACCGCUCUAUUGAUAGAAGACAUCUCACGAAAGACAUAGAAACUGUUCCCAGUUCCAUAGCUGGUUGGGAAGGGUGGGGGCGAUGACAUCAAAGUUGGUCCAACUUUCUGAAUGAGAACUAGUUUGGGAGAUUGGCUGCCCUGUGAGCUCUGCUAUACAUACAGACAUAAUUCAAACGGUUUUAGAAGCUUUAGAGUGUUUUCUAUUCAUUAAUAUAUGCAUAUAUUAGCAAUUUUGGAGAGAUUUUUUUUCAGUUUACUAUGGGCACGCAAUUCAUCCAAAGGGGGCAGUAAUUGUCCCGAGCCUUAACAGGUCACAGUGUCCAAAGAAGGGCCAGAAGUAUACAGAAUGGUGUCGUCCGCGUAGAGGUGGAUCAGAGACUCACCAGCAGCAAGAGCGACCUCAUUGAUGUAUACAGAGAAGAGAGUCGGUCCAAGAAUUGAACCCUGUGGCACCCCCAUAGAGACUGCCAGAGGCCCGGACAGCAGACCCUCCGAUUUGACACACUGAACUCUAUCAGAGAAGUAGUUGGUGAACCAGGCGAGGCAAUCAUUUGAGAAACCAAGGCUGUCGAGUCUGCCGAUGAGGAUGUGGUGAUUGACAGAGUCGAAAGCCUUGGCCAGAUCAAUGAACACGGCACAUGACACUCAUCCUACUACAGGUACAUAGAUAAGUCGGUAGAGGAGCUGGAUGAGGAGGUGGAGUAUGACAUCGAUGAAGAGGACUACAUCUGGCUGGACAUCAUGAAUGACAAGCGACGUAGUGACGGGGUGACGCCCAUCCCCCAGGAGGUGUUUGAGUACCUCAUGGACCGGCUGGAGAAGGAGUCCUACUUCGAGAGCCACAACAAGAUGGACCCUAGCGCCCUGAUCGACGAAGAUGCCGUCUGCUGCAUCUGUAACGACGGCGAGUGUCAGAAUAGCAACGUGAUCCUGUUCUGUGACAUGUGUAACCUGGCCGUACACCAGGAGUGUUACGGUGUGCCCUACAUCCCUGAGGGCCAGUGGCUGUGUCGGCGCUGCCUCCAGUCCCCUAGCCGGGCCGUCGACUGUGCCCUAUGCCCCAACAAGGGUGGAGCUUUCAAACAGACGGAUGAUGCACGCUGGGCCCAUGUGGUGUGUGCCCUCUGGAUCCCUGAGGUGUGUUUUGCCAACACUGUCUUCCUGGAGCCCAUCGACAGCAUCGAACACAUCCCCCCGGCGCGAUGGAAGCUCACUUGCUACAUCUGCAAGCAGCGCGGCUCAGGUGCCUGCAUCCAGUGCCACAAGGCCAACUGCUACACAGCCUUCCACGUCACCUGCGCCCAGCAGGCCGGCCUCUACAUGAAGAUGGAGCCUGUCAGGGAGACCGGUGCCAACGGCACCUCCUUCAGCGUUCGCAAGACCGCCUAUUGCGACAUCCACACCCCGCCCGGCUCUGCACGCCCCAUCGGAGGGGCGGGAGGGACUAGCAUGGGCUCCUCCCACAGCGAGGGCGAGCUGGAGGAGGACGAUGACCCCAUUAUAGGUCACGAUGACGACUCCAAGGGCUGGAGCUCAGAGCGGGCCAAGAGGGCCAAGGCCAAGUCCAGACUGAAGAUGAAGAGAGCCAGGAAGAUACUGGCUGAGAAGAGGAACGCUGCGCCUGUGGUGUCUGUGCCCUGUAUACCCCCACACAGGCUCAGUAAGAUCACCAGUAACCUGACAGUGCCCAGGAAAAGCCAGUUUAUGCAGCGACUGCAUAGCUACUGGACCCUGAAGAGGCAGAGCCGGAAUGGUGUCCCUCUACUGCGACGGCUCCAGACCCACCUGCAGUCGCAACGCAACACAGAGCAGCUACAUCCACAGCCGCAGGCGCCAGAGUUACAGGUUACCACGGUAACCACCACACCGUCUCUGUCUGGGGGUGUUAUCUCAGCGAGGGACAGUGAGGAGAAUAACUUGGCUCUGAAGGAGCAGCUGAAAGCAUGGCAGAGACUGAGACAUGACCUGGAGAGAGCCAGACUACUGGUGGAGCUCAUCCGCAAGAGAGAGAAACUUAAGAGGGAGACGAUCAAGGUACAGCAGAUGGCACUAGAGAUGCAGCUAACUCCCUUCCUGGUCCUACUGAGGAACACCCUGGAGCAACUACAGGAGAGAGACACCAGCAACUUCUUCACUGAGCCUGUCCCUCUGGCUGAGGUGCCAGACUACCUGGACCACAUCGAGAGGCCUAUGGACUUCCAGACCAUGUGGAAUCUACUUGAGUCUCAAUGCUACCUCAGUUUCGAGGCUUUCGAGGCAGACUUUGGCCUCAUUGUCAACAAUUGUCUCAAAUACAACGCCAAGGACACCGUGUUCUACCGCGCCGCUCUGCGCCUCCGGGAGAUGGGCGGGGCCGUGAUCAGAACCGCCCGCAGACAGGCUGAGCGAAUUGGCUUGGACUAUGACACAGGCAUGCACCUCCCCCGAGAGCCCAGCCCUGACAGCCAGCGUGACAGAGAGCGAGACCGAGAGAGGGAGCGGGAGAGAGAAAGGGACAGGGAGCGAGAACGAGAGAGGGACCGAGACGGAGACAGGCCGCUCUCUUCCAAUGAGGAGGACCUGCUCUUAUCAGAGAACCGGCGACGGCUGCCAUUGGAGGAGCAGCUGUGUUUUUUGCAGGCGCGCUUUGAUGAGGUCAGCUCGGGGAAGCACAGCAUCGGUCGGUCGCGGCGGGCCAAAGCCCUGAGGAAAGAGAUGACGGUCAUCAAGAGGAAACUAGCCCACCAGAGAGAGGGGGGUUCGUGCAUGGGGGGCAGGGACUCAGGGGGCGGAGGGGACAGGGGACCAUCCCUCCCUCAUCACCCCUCCUCCACGGGACGCCAUGACGAGGGGGAGGAGAGCAGCAGUCAGGAGAUCAGUAGCAAGGAUCUAAGUGCAUCAUCUUCGGCUCUAGCUCCAGAGGUGGGACGUCGUACCUCUGUCCUCUUCUCCAAGAAGAACCCCAAAACGGCCGGACCCCCAAAGAGGCCGGGCCGCCCCCCUAAGAACAGAGACGCGGGGGUAAGCCCUAGUCCGAUUGGUCCCCCCCAACUGCCCCUCCUGUCCCCCCCUCGGCAGAGGAAGAGACCCCGCAGCCCUCACAGCAGCUCCAGCUCUGAGAGUGACAGUGACGACCUCCUUCCGAGUCUGCCCACUAACGGUUUUGUUGGGGGCAACCAGGCGGUGACAGAGAGUUUUCGGGUGUACAGGAAUGAGAGGAGCCUCCCUCGAUCCAGCUCUGACUCUGAAUCCACCACGAGCAGCAGCAGCAGCGCUGCCUCUGACAGAACCAGUACCACUCCGUCUAAGCAGGGCCGGGGGAAGCAGUCGUUCCCUCGUUCCGCCUUCCAGGAGGACAGCAGUGAGGAGACAUCAGGGACAGAAAAUGACUCCUACUCUGUGGGAGGGUCACGCAGUGUCUCACACUUAGGGUGGGGCCGGGGCCGAUCAGGUUGUAGGAUGCCAUCAGAUGACUUCUCUUCCCUUGAUGCUCUGGACCUGGUGUGGGCCAAGUGUAGAGGCUACCCUUCAUACCCUGCUCUGAUCAUAGAUCCUAAGAUGCCCAGGGAGGGGGUAUUCCACCGAGGGGUCCCCAUCCCCGUGCCACCCCUGGAAGUCCUGAAGCUGGGGGAACAGAUGACCCAGGAGGCCCGGGAACACCUCUUCCUGGUUCUCUUCUUCGACAACAAGAGAACCUGGCAGUGGCUGCCGCGCUCUAAGCUGGUUCCUCUGGGGGUGGACCAGGAGCUGGACAAGGAGAAGAUGCUUGAGGGAAGGAAGUCCAACAUCCGCAAGUCAGUGCAGGUGGCCUACCACCGUGCCAUGCAGCACCGCAACAAGGUCCAGGGAGACCCCAGCAGUGACACCAGCGACAGCGACUGAGCACACACGUCUUUGCUGGCCACCCGUUGUAUUGAUAGGUUAUUAUUUUCAGGUCUGUGUGUUGAUUGAUAUACCCUGUGGCCUUGGAAAGCCAUACCCCAGCACACAGUAGAAUCAGUGUGCCGGUGUAACCUAUUGGAAAGCACAUGCAACAUUCUCUCGUUCGUACGUACUUUGUUGAGACACAGUGGUAUUUAAUCUGAGAUGUAAAAUACAAAAAGGGUAUUAAGAGGAUGGAAGACAAUGCUAUGCCCAGAAUCAUGAUGGAAAAUUGUCCUUGUAUGUGGUUGAUAUGAGUGUUUACCAGCUCCUGAAAAACAGGAUCUGCAAACAGAGGCUUGUAUUACACAAAUAUGCGCAUGCACACUUGUAUACAGUAAGGUCCAAAGUGAUUGCCACCCUUGAUAAAGAUUAGCAAAAAAGACUGUAUAAAAUAAAUCAUACAAAUACUCUGCUUUAUUGUAUGCAAAAAUAUGCAAUACAAUUCCUAAUACAAUUCCUCACAGAAAGAGAUUUUGAUGGUGGGGGUAAAAAGUAUUGGCACCCCUAUUUUCAAUUCCUGACCUUAUGAGGAUAAUGGCACUGAGCCUUUAGAAGUGUUUUAUGAGAUUGAAGAACACAUUGGGAGAGAUCUUAUUUUAUGUUCAAUUGACAUUCUUUGUGGCUUUUGAUGUGUGCUUGGGGUUAUUGUCUUGCUGGAAGAUUCACUUGCAGCCAAGUUUCAGCCUCCAGAGGCAACCAGGUUUUUGGCUAAAAUGUCCUAGUACUGGGUAAAUUUGACCGUAACAAGGGCCCCAGGACCAGUGGAAGCAAAAUAGCCCCAUACAGUCGAAGAUCCACCACCAUAUUUGACAGUAGGUAUGGGGUUCUUUUCUGCUCACGCAUCCUUAUUUUGAUGUCAAACCCACCACUAGUGUGCGUGGUUAAAGACCUCUAUUUUACUCAUCUAUAUCAAGGGUGCCAAUCAUUUUGAACCUGACUACAUUCAAACAGGGAAAUGCAUACACACUCACACAAAGCUCUUCUCAUAGGAAAAUAUACACAUCCACACACCCCAUUGUGUGCACUUAUGGUUUGACAGUACCACUGGUACAGCAACCCCUCUUACCCCAUGUCCAAUCACGGCCCAAUGGAGCACGGGGUUGGAUGGCCAAUGAACUGGUGCAAAGCAUCUUCCUGCUAUUUAUUCCGUCUCCCAAGGACCUCCAGUCUUCUCUCCACUAGUCUAACUGAGCGUCUUCACAACAUUAGAUUGUGCAGUCGUUUCCUCUACUCUUCCGUAUAUGAUUUUUUUUGUCGCCUCUGUUUACAUCUCUUUUUGUUCUUGUCUGUUGUACAAUUCUGGCUGCUGGUGAAUAAUGAGGACUAAUGUGGAUAUGAUAAAACACGCCAGCUUCACUGUCUGUUCUAGUCUCAGGCCAAUGGCUUUAGAACUUUUAUAUAUACAGAUUACAUAAGAUAGAAGUUUAAUAAAAUAAUUGAGUUUUGUA